UCAGAAGCUUUACAAGAUAUUAGCAAAUACAUAAAACACUAUGAAGGCCUGUCUUAUGACCGAGAUCUCAUAAAACAACAGCACCAACGCAUCAGACGCGAGACGCAUCCAAACAAACAAGAGCUUCAUCUAAACUUCAACGCCUUUCAAAGGGAAUUCCACCUACGUCUCAAGCCAGAUGUAAAUGGCUUCACAGAAGAUUUCAAGGUCCAGUCAGAAGAUGAAACUCAGAUGGUGGAUCUCUCGCACAUAUACUCAGGAGCAGUAGAAGAUGAGAGUGAAUUCUCAUGUCAAGGGUCUGUUCUCGAGGGUCAGUUUGAAGGCUCCAUUACAACAGCCAAUGGGACGUUCUACGUCGAGCCCAUUGACAGAUACACCACCUCCAACACUGACGACCAUUCCAUCAUUUAUCACGAGGAUGAUGUGGACAGUGCUCCCUUGAAACAGGCUCAUGUUGGCUUCUGUGGUGCCGAGCGGCUGCAGCAUCUUGUCCAAAACCACCAAGAGCAGAUACCAGUGUCCAGGUCAAAGCGGAAGGUCGACCAGUCCAAAACCAGCUGUCUUCUGCACCUCCAUGCAGACCACCGCUUCUACAAACGCUUUGGAAGUGUUGAAGCUGUUGUGGCUCAGGUUGCCUCCUACAUGAAAGCAGUAAACGACAUUUACGACAAAGCCGAGUUUGACGGCAUAGAGCUGGUGCACUUCAAAGUUAAAUUUCUCACCGUGAUCACCAAAGAAGAUCCCAGCAGUCCCUUGGGCAAGACCCACAUUGGGCCUGAGAAGCUUUUGUGUCUGUUUUCCGAGACGAACUGGAACGACUACUGCCUGUCUUAUCUCCUGACCAACAGAGACUUCAGUGGGGUUCUCGGUCUGGCCUGGGAAGGAAAACCAGGUAAUUUCAGCCCAUCCGCUCUAGACAAAUCGCAACACAAGCCUUUUUUGGACAAACAUAAAAGCAGCAGUGACUUUGAUUUUGAGACUCCCAAUCUACAUUUUACGCAGCAUGAUGAGGGUUCUGACUGUGGAGGCCUGGAGAUCACCGGUGACAAAGGCAGGUUCUUGAUGUUCCCUCAAGCCUCCUACAAGAUCGAGGAGAACAGCGACAAGUUCUCCCCCUGCAGCCUGCGGCACAUGAGUCGCAUUCUGAAUAUCAAGAAGGACAAAUGCUUUGUAGUGAGUGAGCAUCCCAUUUGUGGAAACCGUAUAGUAGAAGAGGGGGAAGAAUGUGACGUGGGCCAUGAUGAAAGUGAUCCAUGCUGUUACAGCUCAAAGGAACCUGCAGGCAUUGAAUGUCGACUGAAGCUCGAAAAACAAUGCAGUCCUAGCCAGGGUCUAUGCUGCAGCUCCCAUUGUGUCUUCAAGGAAUUUGGGCUGAUGUGUGAACGCCAAUCUGAGUGUCGCAACCGAAGUGUAUGCACCGGUUCCUCUGCUGUAUGUCCAGAACCCGCCGCCAAGCCAGACAUGACAAUAUGCAGUGAUGGUACACGUGUCUGUUUUAAUGGGGAAUGUGGCCUGUCUCUCUGUGCAUUGUAUGAGAUGGUGCAGUGUGACUGCCUGGGAGAGAACAGGAUGGAAAAGUGCCACAUGUGCUGCCAGCAGAGAGAUAAACCUAAUACUUGUGCAAGCACCACUUCUUCGGUUCUUUUGCACUACUUUAGUGGGAAACAUGUGGCUUUGGUUCCUGGGGCUCCGUGCUCUGGAAACCGAGGCUACUGCGACAGGUUCAAAGUGUGUCGAAUCCUAGAUGCCGAUGGCCCAAUUGCAAGGCUUAAGAAUUCUUUCCUGAAAUUGGAUGAGUUUGAUGACCUGGCCGGUUGGAUGAAGGCACAUUGGUGGGCAAUACUUCUGGGUAUUCUCGCCAUCUCAGCAAUAAUGGCCGGAACUAUCUGUAUUUUUGGACAGCCACUUGAGAUUGAUGACGACAGGCAAAAAACACUCCCUGCAAGCAAGAAAGCAUUGCUUUUGUGGCUACUUUUGAAUGUUUAAAACAUUUGACUGAUCACUAAAGCCUGUUCAGAUGCACAGCUGAGAGUCAACUGCAUCUGUCCAAACAUGAUUUGAGUUUACUUCGCCUCUUCCAGCCAUGUGUCUCACACCAUUGGCCAUUACAAAGUUAUUUUAACUCCACUGCUGAUUUGAGAAUUGAAUACUGUCCAGCUUUUCAACUAUAAAUCAUUGUGCUCUCAAUAACUUUGUACACAAUGUUGCCUAUGUUUAUUUAAAAGAAAUCCAAGAACAUGAGACUUCAUGAAAAUCUAACAAAGACAACAUGUUUUUGGGCAAGGUACAAUAAAAAUGUUACAGUAUGUUAACCUAUGAAUGGCUUACUUAUGGUUGUCUCUGGUCAUUUGUUUCCUCCGGAAAUUACAGGGUCAGAACGAUAUCAGCAAGGUUCAAAUUUAGUGUUUCGCAAACUUUUGGCUAUGAUGAGUGAUUUCACGACGCCACUUUGUUUGAGCUGCUGGAUUUGCUUUCACGAUUUUAUCUCGUCAUGUCGUCCUUGAGAGGGGAUACCAUGAUAAGCACUAAGAACUAAGUGACAUUUAAGCUCGAAUGAGGUAAAAAAAAAA